CAACCGGAUGACCGGGACUCCCGGACCACAAGUCUCCCGCUCGUUCGCUCGUUACAAAAAUGGGAAUCAAAGUUCGUUAAAAGGGAACUCAAAGAUCGGAGGCUAUUUCGUUAUCUGCUCAAAAACGAAAUUUCAAAAACAAAAACAUUAUUUCAGUUUCUGUUUCUGUUUCUGUUUCUGUUUUUUCCUGUUUUCUUGCGACAACCAGGCCUUAGCACGCCGACCUGCAGGGUCUUCUUGUGAGAUAGAGAUAGAUAUCAUGAGGAGUACCUGAAGCUCGAUCGAGUACAGAGAGAAUGUCGGAACACAAGGGCUUCAGUUUGGAAGAAAUCAAGAACGAGAGCGUCGACCUUGAGCGAAUUCCAAUUGAUGAAGUAUUUGAACAAUUAAAAUGCACAAGAGAGGGUUUGUCAUCAGAGGAAGGGCAGCAGAGGCUGCAAAUCUUUGGCCCAAACAAACUAGAGGAGAAAACGGAAAAUAAGCUUCUUAAAUUCUUGGGUUUUAUGUGGAAUCCGUUAUCAUGGGUCAUGGAGAUUGCUGCAAUCAUGGCUAUUGCUCUGGCAAAUGGAGGGGGUCGGCCUCCAGAUUGGCAAGAUUUUGUUGGAAUUGUAGUAUUGCUAUUCAUUAACUCCACCAUAAGCUUUAUAGAAGAAAACAAUGCAGGAAAUGCUGCAGCAGCAUUAAUGGCAGGUCUUGCUCCCAAAACCAAGGUUUUGAGAGAUGGAAGAUGGACCGAGCAAGAAGCAGCGAUCUUAGUGCCUGGAGAUGUGGUGAGCAUCAAGUUGGGCGAUAUCAUCCCAGCAGAUGCUCGUCUCUUGGAAGGAGACCCCCUCAAGAUUGACCAGUCUGCCCUCACUGGUGAGUCUCUACCAGUGACAAAGAACCCUGGUGAUGAAAUCUUCUCGGGCUCCACCUGCAAACAAGGUGAGAUUGAAGCUGUUGUGAUUGCCACUGGGGUGCACACCUUCUUUGGCAAGGCUGCCCACCUAGUCGACAGCACCAACCAAGUGGGACACUUCCAGAAGGUUUUGACAGCCAUUGGCAACUUCUGUAUAUGUUCAAUUGCUCUGGGGAUGAUAGUGGAGAUAGUGGUAAUGUACCCAAUUCAGCAUCGGAGAUACAGGGAUGGAAUUAAUAAUCUUUUGGUGCUUCUCAUUGGAGGAAUUCCAAUUGCCAUGCCAACAGUGUUGUCAGUGACGAUGGCUAUUGGAUCCCAUCGGUUGUCAGAGCAGGGUGCCAUAACCAAGAGGAUGACAGCUAUUGAAGAGAUGGCAGGAAUGGAUGUCCUUUGUAGUGACAAGACUGGGACUCUCACUCUCAACAAACUUACAGUGGAUAGAAGCAUGAUUGAGGUCUUUGCAAAGGAUGUGGACAAGGAAACUGUGAUCCUGCUUGGGGCUAGGGCUUCAAGGGUAGAGAAUCAGGAUGCUAUUGACGCUUGUAUUGUUGGAAUGCUGGCUGACCCCAAGGAGGCCAGAGCAGGGAUCAAUGAGGUGCAUUUCUUGCCCUUCAACCCAGUAGAGAAGCGUACAGCCAUAACAUACAUCGACUCUGAUGGAAAUUGGCACCGAAUUAGCAAAGGAGCACCUGAGCAGAUCAUUGAGCUCUGUAAUCUUAGGGCAGAUGUGAAAAGGAAAGCUCAUGCUAUUAUUGAUAAGUUUGCCGACCGUGGUCUGCGUUCUCUUGCUGUUGCUCGACAAACAGUCCAGGAGAAGAUCAAGGAAAGUGUGGGAGAGCCAUGGCAAUUUGUAGGUCUCUUGCCUCUCUUUGAUCCUCCAAGACAUGACAGUGCAGAAACAAUUCGUCGCGCACUCGAUCUUGGUGUCAAUGUCAAGAUGAUUACAGGCGACCAGCUGGCUAUUGGCAAGGAGACUGGUCGCAGGCUUGGCAUGGGAACCAACAUGUAUCCUUCUUCCUCCCUCCUCGGCCAGAGCAAGGAUGAGACUAUUGCUGCAGUUCCUGUUGAUGAACUGAUUGAGAAGGCUGAUGGUUUUGCUGGUGUUUUUCCAGAACACAAAUAUGAGAUUGUGAAGAGGCUGCAAGAAAGGAAGCACAUCUGUGGAAUGACUGGGGAUGGUGUGAAUGAUGCCCCAGCUCUAAAGAAGGCAGACAUUGGUAUUGCAGUAGCUGAUGCAACUGAUGCAGCCCGGAGUGCAUCUGACAUAGUUCUGACUGAACCAGGACUGAGUGUAAUUGUGAGUGCUGUCUUGACAAGCAGAGCCAUUUUCCAGAGAAUGAAGAACUACACCAUCUAUGCUGUUAGCAUAACAAUUCGUAUUGUGCUCGGCUUCAUGCUUAUUGCACUUAUCUGGAAAUUCAAUUUCUCCCCUUUCAUGGUUCUGAUCAUUGCCAUACUCAAUGAUGGAACCAUCAUGACAAUUUCCAAAGACAGGGUGAAGCCUUCUCCCACCCCUGACUCGUGGAAGCUCAAGGAGAUUUUUGCCACUGGCAUUGUUCUUGGAACUUACCUAGCUGUAAUGACUGUAAUUUUCUUUUGGGCCGCUCACCAGUCCGAUUUUUUCUCUGAAAGGUUUGGUGUGAGAUCAAUCAAGAACAGCCCCUAUGAGCUUACAGCUGCUCUCUACCUUCAAGUGAGCAUAGUGAGUCAGGCACUCAUCUUCGUCACACGGUCUCGGAGCUGGUCUUUCAUUGAACGCCCCGGUCUCCUACUUGUGGCUGCCUUUGCAAUAGCACAGCUGAUUGCUACUUUAAUCGCUGUGUACGCGAACUGGAACUUUGCAAGUAUCCACGGCAUUGGUUGGGGAUGGGCAGGUGUUAUUUGGCUGUACAGCAUUGUCUUCUACAUCCCCCUGGAUGCUCUUAAGUUUAUUAUCCGGUAUGCAUUGAGUGGCAAGGCCUGGGAUAAUCUGCUCCAGAAUAAGACGGCUUUCACCACAAAGAAGGAUUAUGGAAAGGGAGAGAGGCAGGCACAAUGGGCUAUGGCUCAACGCACAUUGCAUGGCCUCCAGCCGCCAGAGACAUCGGAACUCUUCAAUGAUAAGAAUAACUUCCGAGAGUUGUCUGAAAUUGCUGAACAGGCCAAGAGGCGGGCCGAAGUCGCAAGAUUAAGGGAGCUACAUACACUAAAGGGGCACAUUGAGUCAGUCGUAAAGCUUAAGGGACUUGAUAUUGAGACCAUACAGCAGCACUAUACUGUUUAGAAAAGAGAGGAUGACAGGCAGUGUUGACAGCAGAAAUUGAAGUAGAGGAGAAAGAAAAAAAGAAAUGAUAGGAAUAUUUUUUAUUUUGUGGAGCAUGAUGAUGCGAGGGUCGGGAAUAAUCUGGUUGCGAUUAUUUGUCUAGGACAACUUUAGGUUGAAAAAAGAGGUUAUAGAAUCAAAUGGUUCAGUUGUCUUGAAUCAUUUUUUUUUUCCCAAGAUAGGUCUUUUUGUUCCUUGCAGUCAAAUACUAAUUUCUUUCUUUAUUUAGUAAAUAUAGAUAAAGAGAUAUAGUAGGAGAGAGAAAGAGGGAGGAAUUUCUUUCUUUACUGGUCUUCCGUUGAUUUAAGAAGGGUUAUUUCCUCUCUCUUUCCCUCUGGAAAAGAAGAUGUGAAAUUUUGGUUC